AUGUCGGAGUAUCAACAACCUAUUCCUGAUGUUCAAAAAGAUAUUAAACAAGCCGAAAACGUGAAGGAACACCCAAUAAGAUUCAACAAAUACGAACAGAAAAGCCCAGAUUACGAAAAAUACUACACUCUUCAAAACAUUGUUCCUCCAGAAGAGCUUUCAUUGUUUAUCGAAACCAUCAAGAAACCGCUUCCAACUUCUUUUAGACUUACAAGGUCUUCCGAGACUUUUCCAAAAGUGAAAGAGUCCAUUGAGGAAAUUAUUCAGAGCAUCCCAGAUGAGUUAAAACCCGAGACUUUUACAUGGAACCCUUACACUUAUCAACUCAAUGUUGAAAGAAAACAAGUUAGAAAGUGUGCUCAAUAUGAGAAAUUACACAAGUUCAUGGUGUUGAUGAAUGAAGCUGGAGAGAUCUCAAGACAAGAAAUAGUGUCGAUGAUACCUGCACUUCUUCUUGAUGUGCAUGAAGGAAUGAGUGUCUUGGACAUCUGCGCAGCGCCAGGAUCAAAGACAUCACAACUUGUUGAAAUGACUGGGAAGAAUGGAUGUGUCGUUGCAAAUGAUGCAGACAGACAAAGAAGUUAUUUAUUGACGCACCAAACGAAGAGACUGUCAAUGCCGCAUGUUGUAAUCACCAACUACAAAGCACAGGAUUUGUGUUUUGAGGAUUACAAGUUUGAUCGAAUGUUGUGUGAUGUACCAUGUAGUGGCGAUGGAACUAUUCGAAAGAAUGUUGAUGCUCGAACUUGUUUCCACCUCAUGAACGCAUAUGUCAUGCACCGCGAGCAAAUUGACAUUAUGAAGAAUGUGAUAUGUCACUUGAAAGUUGGAGGGAAGUUUGUGUAUUCCACAUGCAGUUUAAAUCCAAUUGAAGACGAGGCGGUCGUCUCUGAAAUCCUUCGCACGUAUGGUGACGCGGUUGAGUUAAUUGAUGCACGAAACACACUUCCAGGUCUCAAGUACAAACAAGGCAUUUCUACUUGGAAAGUAUUUGACAAGAAUUACACAGAAGUCACUGGGAAAACCGACAACAUUCCAAUUACAGCUCUUCCACCAAGUGAAGACGAAGCCAAAAAGUUCCAUUUGGAGUAUACUCUUCGCAUUUUACCACACUUGCAGAACACAGGCGGAUUUUACACCGCAGUCUUUGUUAAAAAGGGCGAAACCCCAAAAAUUGAGAAGAAAAGGAAAUGUGGAGCAAAAAUGGAACAACAAGUGGAGGAGAAGUUUGAAAGAAAUAAAGAGGAGGUGGAUCGGUGUUUGACUGGAGAGAAAGUCGAAAUAAAAGAAAAGAAGCCAACAAAACGAAGAAGAGGAAUGGCACCUAUAGACGAUCAAGAGUUUAAACCGUUGUGCUCUAUGCCAAAGGGUGAUGAAAUUUUCAAGCAAUUGAUCGAGUUUUAUAAAAUGCGAGCGGACUUUCCUCAAGAGCAAAUGUAUGUCAUUGGUGAUGAUUGUUUGAGUGUCCACUAUGUCUCCUCAGAGGUGGUUAAAGCGACACAUGGAUUAAAAAUAGUAUGUGGUGGUGUGAAAAUGUUUAAGAAGCACAAGAGUGAGUUGGUUGAAGCCUACCGAAUGGUGUCUGAUGGUGUUCGCAUCAUCUCUGAGUUUGUUGGAAGUGAAAGAACAAUAGAACUGACCCACCAAGAGUUCCUCAACAUCCUUCAAGACGACAUCAAACUUGAUUCCUUGAGACAAAAAGUAGAAGGCAAUGGGUGUUAUGUGAUGAAAGUGGUCGAUGGAAUUUUGCAAGGAAGUUAUUUCUCUGGGUGGGUAGGUAAAGUGUUUCUCUCGUGUUUGAUUCCAAAGCAAGACAUGGAAGCACUGCAAUUUCUUUUUGGUGUCACAGACAAGAGAAAGAAGCUUGUUAAAAAGGGCGCCAAAGAUGAGAGUGAAGCACAAAAGGAUAAAAAAGUGGAGUAA